CGAGCAGAUUAAAUACAUACUGGCUUUAUAUGUUAGAAGAUAUCAGUAUACGUGCCUGGUUCCAAAUAAAAGUGGGCCGCGCUAUUCUAUCUGCCAGUUGAGUUUGCAACAUCGUCUGCGAAUAAACAUGAAGGCUGUUAUCUGUCUCGUGGUUCUUGCUUUCUGCGCUGCGGCCAUGGCCGAGGAGUGCCGCCAGGAUUCCGAAUGUGCUCACGUGACAUGUCCGGAGAACGACUACCGCGUCGACUGCUACCUCCGUCAGUGCACAUGCACCCAUGUCACUCAAACUUGCGCCGCCGUCCGCGAUUGUACCGGAGACUGCCGAUUUGGCUGGCACUGUCUUGACGGAAGUUGCCGAUGUGGCUUCGGCUUUGGCGGUGGCAAUUAAGCUACGUCCAUUCGAGGAAACUGUGUUUGUUUAUAUAUGUUAUUGAUUGAAGAUAUUAAAAAUGUGAAUUUUA